AUGAAUCUAGAAGGGUAUUCCCACUCCUUGCUGUUUCUUGCCACUCACAUUGAUGGAGAAACCCCGUUUCCUGCAUUUAGUGUCGUACUUAUGUUAGAUGACAUCACAGUUGGAUACUAUAAUUCCGAGACAAAAAUGUUCAUUCCAAGAGGAAACACCACAAAUGAAGACGAGGAAGUUAAUUUUAUGAACUAUUACCAAAAGGAAUAUUCUAAUAUUUUGGAAAGAUUUAGGGAAAUGUCUAAAAACACAACAGAAGGUCCUGUUGUUCAUCAGUUGCUGAGUCUUUGUGUAUUGUCAGACAAAGACAAUGUUGGCCAAGUGAUAACUAAGAUUGCUUUUGAAGGCUCCACAACUUAUGAAAUGCAUUUUUCUGGUGACGCAAUGACAUUUCAUGGCAUGGAGAAAGAGUCAACAGUACAUCUAGAGUUGUACAAAUGGUUUCAUGUAAUGGAAUACAAUCGCGGCAAACAGAUUCUCAACAGCUAUCUGAAAAAGAGAGCAACUCAAGGAAAGAGAAGAGUGAAACCGAGAGUCAGGCUUAUCCAGAAAGCCUCAGACUCUGGAGGUUUUCGAGUGAGUUGUUUGGCGACAGGAUUUUACCCUCGGCACAUCAACCUGACCCUGUUGAGAGAUGGACAGCCUGUAUCUGAUCAUGAGCUCACUGGAGGAGAUCUGCUGCCCAAUGGAGACGGGACGUACCAGAUGAGGAAGAGUCUGGAGAUCAGAGCAGAGGAGAGAGAAAAACAUAAAUACACUUGCUCUACCACUCAUCUCAGUCUGGACAACAAACUCAUCGUCACAUUGGAUUUUGAUCACAGUGAACCGUUUAAAUCAGUGAUUCCUUCAGUUCUGACAGUUUUGGCUCUGAUGUUGAUGUUUGGAGUUGCAGCUGCUGUGUGGAAAAGAUGGCGUGCAGGCCAGGUCAAGAGAUCAUUGGGUCCUCCCAGGUAG